AUGCAGAAGAAACUUGUGCAAAGAGGGGAUGAGAUUGCUGCUGUUACACGUCAGCACGGUGGGGAGCAAGCGGAGGAAGGGGAAGAGCUAGCUAAGCUAAAGGUCAUCGAAAGCAGCCAUCAGGCGAGAAGUUCGGACAUGGAGAUAAGGACUUCUGGUGCUCUUGUGGACAGCAUGGAGCUGGUGACGAUGCUGGCCGGGAGCAGGGAGCAGGCAUCGCUGCCUGCCAGGCAUGGUGCGGUGCCAGCGGCGGGCGGGGGCACGGAGCACAUCAGUCCCCCCACCGGCGGUGGGGAUUUCACCCCGCCAGGAGCAGGGCCCCCAGACAGCCCGUCUGCCGGGACAGCAACCCGUCUGCCUGCCCGCAGCCAUCCUCCCGCCACUGGAAGCCAUCACCAUGCUGCGGGCAGCCAGGAGAGAGGCAAAAGGGCUCUGGCUUCUCCCGGCACCCCUGCAGCUGCUGAGAGGACACCGCAGGUUUUGGCAUCCAUCAGCACCGAUUCAGCCGAGAGGACGCUGGGCAGGCGCCGUGUGACCUGGGACGUGGCAGGGUUCGACAAUGUGACAAGGAUGGUGCUGCCGCCUUCCUCUGCGGAGACUCGUCCCCCAGGCACCGGCGGCCCCUCUCGACAGGCAAGCGGCUGGGCAGGCACGGAGCCACACAGCAGCCCUCCUGUGGGCACCAUGGCCGCUUCACCCAGCCCCUCGGGGAACAGUGGGGGGAUGCUGCAGCCCCUCCCCAGCACCCCCCUCCCUGGAUCUCCGGGACAGCCCCAGUCCUCCCCCCGAGCUUCCAGUACCCAGACUGGUGCAAACCGCAUGGCACUACACCUCAGGGAUGUCACAGGGGAUUCCACAAGCCCUUUGCUCACAGCAUUGCCUGCCACGGACAGCGCUUUUGGAGCUGCUGGGAGCAGCAGCGUGGCUGCAGAAAACCCGAGGUCUGGUAUCCGAAGGGCAGCGCCCGGCUCUGCAGUUCAUCCCCCAGCCUCGGCACCCUCCUCGGUGGCCCCAGCGUGGGGACGUUUCCUCGGGCCUUCCACGGAGCGCCGGCUCGCCCCUUCUCGCCCAGCUCCGGAAAGCACUGCCGCGGGUGAGCUUGCCAUUGGAAGCAGCUACCAGCCGUCCGACGUCUCGGCCACGGAGAGGAGAGUUUCGGAUUUCCCCACCACCAGUACCUCUGUUUCCGGAAAGCCCCCGAGGUCUGCCACAGGCAGCAGCCGAUGGGCAGCAGAAGUCUCCACGUCCAGCAGUGGCAUGUACAGGACCUUGGGCACGAUCCGAUCCUCGUCUGCGUCUUCUGUGAGAGAGAUCUACGGAGUUCGUGGGUCCAGAGAAACCACGGAUUUCACGGAGCAGGUGGCAGACCCUUCGUUAACACGCUCUCACUCUCCUUCGGAAGAUCCUUCCCCAGCUACUGGAAGCAGCCAUGUGUCAUUCAGUAUCCUGUCAACAGAGAGAAGAACCGAUUUCCCCACCACCAGUACCUCUGUUUCCACAACAGCCACCAAGGGCGGAGGGAGGACGUUAAGGUCAUCAGCCCUCCAGACAUACCCAGUCCUCUUUACUGGUACCGAAACCAUCAGCUCUCCAGACCAUACCCAGUCCUCUUUGGGAGCCCAGGGUGGUGGCAGAGGUGCCACCAUGUCGUCCAUGGACCCGUUGCUCACAGGCUCGCCGUCUGCUUCGGAAAGUGCUUCUCCAGUGGAAGGGACCUCAGCUGUGGGAGGACGCCUGCGCGAUGCUCCUCUCACCGGUACGCCCAGCUCAAUGAUAGCCACCAGCGGUGGGGAGAGGAGCCCAGUGCCCGUGUCAGACACCCACGCAGCAUCCAGCGCGGCAGGGAACUCUGCUCCUGCUCUGCCCUGCACCAGCUCCUUGGACGUGGUCCUUCUGCCAUCCUCAUCAGCAACAGAGCCUGGGAGGCAGAGCGAUGUUUCGCAGAGCGGUGCCAGACUCAGUGAGCUUCCAACGAAGCCGCUGCCUGCAUUUUCUCCCAGCAUUUCAGUGCCUUUGCCUUCACCAAGUGCUUCAGAGAGAGGAAGAAGAGUUUCUGGUGCUCCUACUGAGACCAUGUAUGUCUCGACCACACUCUCCAGCCACAAGGAGGGAACAUCUCAGGCUGCAGCUAACCACGGCAUGUGGAGCACAGCAGUGGAAAGCCCCACGUCUCACCCAGACACGGCCGGGGAGCUCCGCACUGGCCUCUUCUUGUCUUCCACGGCAUGGCCUGGAGCGGGACACAUCUCGUCCAGCCAAGCAGGGUACCCAGAGCCCAAGGUCACCCUUUCAUCCAGGGUCUCCACCUACUUCUCAGCUGCUGGUGAACCUUCCACCGUGAGCAGCAGUCAUCACUCCCUAAGCAGCUUGAGUGCCGAGGAAAGGAUGUCCAGCCCCAUCAGUGAUCCUGCGUACAGUUCAUGGAUGUCUGCUGGUGGUGGAGAGAGGACGCUGCACUCGGUGACAGACGGCGCGCUGGCUGGUGGCACGGAGAGCUCCGCUUCCUACACCGAAACCACCAGCUCUCCAGGGCCGGCUCAGCCGGUGUCGGUGGAGCAGAGUGGGACGGCCAAUGCCUCCACCAGCAGCGGGGGCUUUGCAGGAUUUGCGACAGAGACACUCUUCACACAUUCUUCCAAGAUACCCACUUACUCUUCUUUCCAAAACGAUCUCACAAGCUUUUCAAGUAGCCAUCAGCCAAUCAGUAGCAUCGACGCUGAGAAAAGGACCUCGGUUUCUCAUACGGAUGGCACUUACAUUUCAACUACAUAUACCAGAGGAGGAGAAAGGACCCUCCUGUCUAUCUCGAAUAGCAGCACCUCUGCUGACUCCUCAGAAAGUUCCACCUUUUUUUCUGAAAUUACCAACCCUUCUGAUUCAUCAAAAUCUUCUGUGGCACAGGACAGGAGGAGCAACGUAUCCAGCGAUGGCGAUUUUGUUGAACCAUCUACAGAGCCACUGCUGGUACACUCUUCCAAAUUGUUGACUUCUGCUUCUGCAGGCAGCGUACAAAAUACAACUGUCUUCAACACUGACUCUGAGCUGUUGACCACUGGCAGAUCAUCUCUAUCUUCAUCAGCAUUUCCAGCCUCUUCCUCACUGUCAUCGCUGCAUCACUCACUGUCAUCAACACCACCACCAACUUAUCUGUUUACAUCAUCAGAAUCAUCUGAGCCAUUCUCGUCCUCUGUGAUGGCAUCUUCACCCCCUCUGCAGGCUUUGUCAUCCUCCUUGCCCACUUCCUCGUUGCUUUCCCCAUCUUACUCAUUAGCAUCUUUAUUGCCUCUGUUUUCGUCACCAUCAUCCGUCUCACAGUCCAAUGAUAGUGAUCAAGCAAGCACCUCUGUAGCUACAACUGUGGUCAGGCAGGUGCCCUCCACAGCCGCUGUGGCUGGGAGCUCGCCCAGAGGGACCAACAAGCACAAUGUCACGCACCAGCCCCAAAACAGCACCACCUUCACCUCCACCGGGUCUCCUCUCCCUACGGCACCCAUGGAGCAGCUUGGUGGACACAUCAUGUCCGUGUCUGCUCCUGCGAUGGUAAUGGGGACUGCCUCACCAAGAGCUGCCACCAGCCAGGAAGGCAGCUUCGGGAAGGCAACGCCACUGCUCACCACAGCCAGCGAUGCCCCACGGGCUGGGCUGACGGAUGCACCCCUUAGUCCCUCACCAAGUGCAACAAACCACAGCGUCAUUGUCCCUGCGGUGGCACUGACCACGGUGAAACCUUCUGUGCUGACAACACUGGCCAGUCGCUGGCCAACCCCAGGUGAUGCUAGCACCAUGAAAGCCCACAGAGCUCAGACGCCCACUGCCACUAAGCACGUGUAUACCACUGGUGAAAGCACAGAAGCUGUGGAUCCCACCACUGCAAGGCCUGGUAAAGUCACUGAGGAAAAUGUCCCUGUUACGAGUCCUUCUGAAGCCCCUCCAACCAGCAAGACCACUGUGAGCAUUGCAACUACUUUGGCUGCUGCCAAACCAACCACCGUUCCUCCAUCAAGUAGCACAGCCGGGCUGAGGAUGUCAUCUCCAGCAACAGAUGUGGAUAAAUGUCUUUCCAACCCUUGUCCUGCGCUGGCCACCUGCAACAACACCCAUGGCUCCUAUAUCUGUCAGUGUCCUCUUGGAUAUGAGCUGGAAAAAGGAAAGUGCAAUUUAGUAAGAAUAUUUAUUGGCCAGGUCCCCCUGAAACUUAACAUUACCCAUGGGAAGUACGCAGAGCUCCUCCACGUUGAGGGUGAAAUCCUGGCGAUGCUCAAUGCAUCGUUGUCGGGCUUGCCGGGGUACCACCACUCCACAGUUAAGGUGACCAGGGAGGCAAAUUUUGUGCAUGUUUCAGUGCAAUCCACGUUCUCUUUAGCAUCCAACGUGACUUUCUACGACGUUGUCAGCAGCGUGAAAAGCUACAUUCGAGCUUGCAAAUACCCUACCGAAGCCUGCCAGUUCAUCUCCAGCCUGAAACCGCUCCACAGAGUUGGCAGCUUGUGCAAGCAGAAAGACCCCGAAUGCGACAAGGAAACUUCUGAAUGCACCGACUUUGAUGGAGUCGCGCUCUGCCAGUGCAAAAGUGGGUACUUCAAAUACAACAAGAUGGACCACUCCUGCAGAGCCUGUGAAGAUGGAUAUAAGCUGGAAAAUGAGACCUGUGUGAGCUGCCCGUUCGGCUUAGGUGGAUUCAACUGUGGAAACCCAUAUCAGCUCAUCACUGUGGUGAUCGCAGCUGCAGGAGGGGGACUUCUGCUUAUCAUGGGCAUAGCACUGAUUGUCACCUGCUGCCGGAAGAAUAAAAAUGACAUAAGUAAACUCAUUUUCAAGAGUGGAGAUUUCCAGAUGUCACCAUAUGCUGAAUACCCAAAGAACCCCCGGGCACAGGAGUGGGGCAGAGAGACCAUCGAGAUGCAAGAGAACGGAAGCACCAAGAACCUGUUGCAGAUGACAGAUGUGUAUUAUUCGCCAACUGGACUGAGAAAUCCUGAACUGGAAAGAAACGGACUUUAUCCUCCCUACACUGGUUUGCCUGGAUCUCGACAUUCAUGCAUCUACCCUGGACAAUACAAUCCAUCCUUCAUUAGUGACGAAACCAGAAGAAGAGACUAUUUUUAGCAGGGAGUGGAGAGGGAGUGCAAGAUUGACACAGUUUUGUGGCCCCUGAUCUCCAGGUACAAUCUGUCACCUGGGUAGUUCAGCCCACAUCAAUCUUACUCUUCCCAUUUAACAGGAAGGCCUUUGAACUCCACGCUGAGCGUUGCUGCCCUGAGGAACGGUUACACUUGCUGAGCAGCAGAGAGGAGGAGGAGGAGGAGUGAACGGCUCAAGGUGCACAUCACUAAAAGACCCAGACAGAAGUUAACACAUGUACUCCGGAUUUGUUCUGUGCUGCUUCUUCACUCUUUGCGCUACAUGGCAAGCAUGGAUCAGUACAGGCAGAUGAACUGUGCCCAGCACUCUGCAUUGAAUACCACUAGGAAGUGUUUUGUUUACAGAUCUUGUUCACGGUUGACUGUGCUUGUCUUCUUAGCUAACCUUCCUGCAAAGAUUCACUGUGCCACUCCUUUUAGUAGCGCAAGUUUGCCCACUUCCUUUUCCAUUGCUGCAUUGUUUUCUGCUUCAUACGUGACAGGGAAGCUGGCUGGUCCUCUGGCCCUCACCUUCUUACUGGUAGAAGUUCUUCAGAUGGCUGGGUCCUUGCUGAAGCCUGGUACCUGGCAAUGUUGGCUGAAUUCAUGGGUUGAUCGUCUCCAAGGAGUACGGGAAAGUUAGUCAUACCACUGCAAUUCUAACUGAAAAAAAGACACAGUUGAUCCUAUGCGCCGCUUUGAAAACUUCCUGUAUAUAGGGAAGAGUCCGAGUAUGUUGUUGUUUUGUCAGCCAGCAUCGUUCAGAAGUGAUGCCACUCCACGUCAUCAUAGCGCUUCCAUAUAGGAUCUUACGGGGCUCUGUUUCCCUGCAGGGAUUUAAAUGCCUGUAGAAACAGUAAUAUAAUGUUAAAUAGUUGCUCACAGGGAAGAACAUGAGCUGGGAAUUCAGCCUGCUCUUUACAAGGAAUCUGGGAAGGAGCAAUAAUGCUAUAGCCCUGGCUGGGCAGGUGGAACGUGAAUUCUGGGCACUGCAGGUGGGACAUAGCUUUCAAGCCUCCACAGCCCACCUUGACGUCAGUAGGAGCUGUGGAGUCUUUCAGUACAUUGGAAAAUAAGGCUCACUGCAGUCAGUUGCAUUUAAGGGAGAGAAAACCAUGAUGCUUUCAAUCCCAGCGGAACAAAGAUCACUUAUAUUGAAGUGUUUUGCUUUCCUCCACCCUAGUUUCAAGUGAUUCAGACCAGGCAGGUUUCCUCACCUAGGUGUGUUACUUCAUAUUAAUCACUUCAGCAAAAGCUGAAGAAUGUAAGUUACUACGUUUCUCACCAAAGAUCAGAUUGAAAGCUCAUGGACUGUAGUCUGACCUGAGCUGGGUGUUGAAAGAGAUCUUAUUAAUGAAGUAUAUUUACCGCUUAUCUUUACUUCAAUCUUAACCUGAGUCAUCCAAACCCUGUCCAGAUACAGGGUCCAGAUACGGAUCCUUCCCCUGAAUGUGACUGUGCUUUUACUUCAAGGUGGCUGCUUGUAUGAGGAUAACAAACAGCACAAUUCCUUAGCCAUUAACCCACCAUCUCUGUAGUGCAUACAUAAACUAGUUUCACUGAAGGACACAUAUCCUCUGAUAUUCCCUUCUCCCCUGCAGUGCUCGAAAAGACACAGUGCCUACAAGUAAGUUCAUAAGGUAGCUUGGCUCACCGAAGCACUGAGGACCAUGGGAUGCAUCCCCCAAAGUGCCUAACCCCAAGUGAGAACUGCAGUUCAGAUGCUGAUGUGUUGUGUAGUUGCUCACCGGAGGCAAACCUGGAGUGACGAGGAGCCCUCCAUCAGGGAGCAGGUAGCAGUACUUGCGUCCUAUAGAUGCUGUGAGUCCCUAGAUCCUUUCCAAGCACUUUGAAGGCUGUUGUAUUCCCUAUCAAAAGUGAGCAACAGCUACCCAGAGGAAGGGGAGCUAGCACUAGGCAGUCAGCUGCAUGGGCUAAGAGGUUUCUGGUCCCUGCUCACAUUUACUUCUAUUUUCUCAAAACUGCAAGGCAGGAAAGGCACCACAAAUGUGCUUGAGAACACAUAGUUUGGUGGACCAGCUAUAGCACACGAACACAGUGUCUUUUUAUGCCUCACCCCUUAUCUACUAUGUAGAAACAGCAGUGUGGGCUUGCAGAAAAACAGAACUUUAUGGAUGCCUAGGGCAGUAUGCUUUGCACUUACAUGAUCUUAUGGUGGCGAUGCAUGCAACUUCAUGUCUGCCUGGGAAGUACAGCUGCCUAAGGAGCUAUAUUUAAGGGAAACUCUAGUUACAGUAUCCAAAAUAGUGUAACAGGUAAAGCACAGGAACUAGCUGUUCCCUGCCAUGUUGAUCAGUGUUUCUAGUCCAUGAAUGAUGUUCUUCUCCCGUUCUUUAGCAGCCAAUAUGUUAAUUACACAGGAUCCAUUGGAUGAUGUGAACUAAGGGCUUGACUCUGCUUUGCUGUGGGAUCCUUCAAAGAGGACGUUGGCAGGGUCGUUUCUGUGCGGGUGAGUUGCCUCUGGUUUUCAGAGUGCCUAGGACAGAAAGGACUGCCUUUCCCAUGCUAUGGAGGAGGGUUUUGUUUGUGUUACAAAAGAAAGGGGGAAGCUGGGAUUCAUGCUAAAUCUAAAUCCAAAGCAUAUAGGUGAGCACUGGGCUCUGCCCCUAUUUACUAGUGUCCCAGCAAUGAUGGUAGGAUUUAACCACAUGCCAGCAUUUCAUCAGAUCAGGAAGAGUUUAGGCACAUGCUUAUAGGCAAAUAUGUUCAAUUGCUUGGUUAGUUCAAAGGCUGGGAAAUGUUCCUGCAUGUGCGAAGUACAAAGGACAAAUUAGGAAAUAUCAACUCACAAUUGCAGAUCAAUCCUUCUAUAUAAAGAGUAACAUGGACUAUAUGAACAAAACUCCUGGUCUAUAUCUCACAGCAAAUUGCAAAUUGCAGGGGAUUUGAGUGGAAAUGAGAUAGGACUGUUCCUAACUGAGAUCACACAAAAGUUUGCAAGUAAUUAAUUUUCAGUUCUUAAUGAUCUUCAAAUUCUUCUUCAUGCUGUACCUGGAGUGAAAGGGUCUCAGUAAACCCAGCAGGGUCUCCUGAGGGAGGACUGUAAAACUUGGCCUUUUCCAAAAGAGAGAACUUUAUUGCACUGAAAUUUUCUCUCUGCCAGAGCAGGUAAACAUUGGGAAAUUUCUUAUGAGAAUGUAUCCAUUGCAGCCUGACCUUCCUUUUAGCUUUGGUAAGAAGGGAGUCAUGGAGCCAAUGCAUAGUCCACAGGAGGAGGAAAAUGGUCUCUCCUGACCUGCAGCGCCUUCUCUGGGUGUCCUAGGAGGCCUCGCUCGGCAGGCAGAAGAGGAUUUAGGCAGGUGUCAGCACCAGGGUCAGUGCAGGUGCUUUCCCGCGUGGCGUGGUGACCGAUCCAGGGAGUCUUUGCGGAGCCAGCAGAUGCAACCCAGGGCAGUUCAGCCCCUGGGUCUCCACCAGCCCAGCCACUCCCCGUGCUGUGAUGCUUCUGUCUUCACCCAAGCCCCACCGGCUCCCAGCUCCACUAGGGCAGAAGGGGUGGGUGCAGUGCAGUGUGUUUUGCCACAAUUUAUGACAGUUAUUUUAUUGCAAUUAUUUACUACCACGUCCCAGCAGCAAUGGGCUUGCCUGGCCACAGCAGGGAUGUGACCUGUUUCUGUGCAGCUUGCCUCUGUUAAAGGUGCCACCGGGAUCCUCUCUGUCUGCUUCCAUCUCUGCCAUAAACUAAGCACCCUCUGGCAGUGGAGUGGGGUUUGUCGCUCCUGUCGGAUGUGAGAGGGGUCUUCACAUGCCCUCAAGCCCACUUUCAAAUGUAGAUGCCUCUCUUUUCAGUACCUAACUCCCCGUAGGAUGUCUAAAUUAAUGCAGCUUAUUUCUCAGACUAUUUAGUUUACUUUUAGCUACCCCAAAUUGCAAAUUUUGACCACACUGGAUGUUUUUGCCAAGGGGAAUUGCUCUCUACUGUCCAAGAGGAUAAGAUAGAAGUGGCAUGUUGCUUGUAAGGAGGAUGCAAGUGGUUCAGCCAGAUGUGGGGAAAGGAAGAAAAACUACACCAACACUGCACAGAAACCUGCUCUUGCUCCUGGCUGCUGUGGAAAGCUGGGGGAGCAGUCAGCAAGGGCCCAUGGGCAGUUGUGUGGGUGUAUUUUCUAUUAACUUUGGAAAAAAUGCUAAUUCUGUUGCUUGAUAGGAAAAGAUGUGGGAGGCACACAUUUGCUGCUAUGGUGCUCUGCCAAUUGUGCUGACAAAAGCCCCUCACCCACAGAAAUACCCCCAGCAGCCAGCCUAGGAGAGGCAGCCCCAGUGAACAGAGCAGCAAAACGCAGAUUUGAGGGAUCAUUCAAAAGGGAGGCUCAUAUGCGCAGCCUUCCUGUGUCCCUGCCAUGCACCGCUGCUCGCCCUGGCCAGCCCUUCCAGCUGCACUGGAAAAAUCAGGGACCUUUUGCAUACUGUUGAAACCUCACAGCACUGAAUUGGGCUAUAUGAGGAAAAAACAGGACAGGGGCAUUUUGAUGCCCUUUGCCCUCCACAUUUAAAGCAUUAGGUAACACAGCAGCAAUGAAUCUCAUUGCUGUUGCGGCAUUUUCCAUAAAUCCCACUGUCACGGUCAUGUACUGAGUCACCCCUUGUGACCAGCCUUCUGAAAGGUAUUUGCCUCCACACUGAGUGGUAGUAAAAGGCCUUAAAAAAUAGCAAUUAAUGACAGUUAGAGAGAGGUGUUUGUCAUUGCGAAAUUGUUUGUACCAAUACUUGUAAAGGUUUUUUGCCAGGACCUGAGUGAGCAGCAGAGCGGGUUUGGACAUUGCUGCGGACACGCCAAGUGCUUCCCACUUGUCUCUAAUGCUGGUCAAUGGCCAUGUCUGUUCCAAAUCCAGCUGGACUUCUCAUUCCCUCAUAGUGAUGUUUAAUCUUUAGUUUUCUUCCUUAAAUUAGCAAGAACGGAUGCAUUUUACUUAAAUGCUCUUCCUAUGCUGACUAAUGUUUUUUCCUCUUUACACACAAAGGACCUAAUCCAGCAUCCAUUGUAGUGACCGGGCUAACUCUCCCAUGGACAGUAAUGAAGUUUUUUUUAGGCCUGGAUUAUUCCACCACCAGGGUCACCUGUGUGUAGUACAUGCUUUCCUGUGGCUCUGUGUUCUGCCUAUUUCUGUGAUACUGUUGCUGCCUUUCCAUGUUGUAUUUAUUUUUUAAAAGUAUACUUAUUACUGUAGCAGGACCUGUAUUAUGUGAGAUUGAACAAAACAGGUUCAAGAUCUGAAACACUUUCCUGAGAAGAGAAUGAAUAUGAAUUUUGUGAAGUUGUUUUACUGAUCAACCAACCUGUUUCCUGUUGUGUAAGAUCUUCUAGGGUCGUAGAGGUGCUUUCUGCAGUUGCAGAUAAGAACUACUCGUCAGUUCACUCUUACUUGUCCCUUCAGAAAUUAAGCAAGAUCUCCCAGUUUUGAAAGGGUUAUGCACUGUGUGCUUGUAAGAUUUUGGGAGCUUUGCAAUGUGUAUUUAAUUCUUUGUUCCCUUGAACUGCUGAAAUUGAAAAGCAGGACAGAAAUCCAUGAAGGGGUAAGAAAUUAAAAAAAAAAAAGAAAGGAAUAUGCUUACUUGUUUUGCAGAAGUAAACAUCUAAAGAGAGUGUGGCUUCUGUACUGUAAAGUCAUAUGUGGGAUGACACCUCUUCUGUGUCUAGUUUGUGUUGCAUGAGUGUAAUAUCCUUGUUGAGGGAAAACCUAGAGAGGGUGCCUGAUGUUCCUCAAAAGUAGUAUGCUAAGUUCCCUGGUCUUUAUUCUGGUAAAAUGCUAGAAGGGAUAGGAGUCUUGCUCGGGUUAAUGACCACAGCAGGCAGCCCCCAGAUCUGCAAAAUGCUACAUGGAAAAGUCCUGUGGAAUACAGUAAAAACUGAUCACUUCUCCUGAACAAUGCCAUAGAAUUUGCCUGACAUAAAAGGUCUCCAAUGAAAUCUGCUAGGAUGGGUUUACUUUAAAGAAAAAAAAAAAGCAACAAACCAACAGAAUAAAUAUUUAAUAGUUUCCUUUUUUAAGGAAAUUCUGUUAAACUCAGUCAUUUGUUUUAAGCCCUGUUAAAUUCUACAGGACUUUCUCCUAACAGAAGGUCAAACUUGGUGUGUAAAAUCAUAAUGGUUUAUUUGAGCAGCUUUCAGAAUUGCAGUAGUAAAGCUCACCUGUUGUGAGCUCUAUUUCAAAAGGUAAAUAUUCAGCAUUUGUUUGUGCUUCUGUUAUCAACCUGAAUGUAAACCUGCUUUAUGUUCUUGACAUUGCCCUGUUUCCUUCCCUGUAUCUCUGAAUGUUUGCUUCCAAGUUGCUGGGGUUCUGAGGACAUUUUCCAAACCAGUAUUAUUUAAAGUUGUAUCAUAUUUUCAGCCUCCACUAAUUAUACAGUACUGUAGUAGCAAAAUAUAAUUUUUAAGGAUUGGAUUAUUUUUAUACCUGCAUCCAAUAUUAUUAAAUCUGGCGUUCUAGUCAGUAUUAUAAAAGGAUACAAUAAAACUAAGAAUAUUA